AUGAGCGGACCAGCAGCGCCAGAGCAAUCCCCAGCACCCAAGACCGCCGAGCCCAGCCAGGCCAACCAGGAAUUCGAGAAGGCCAGAGCAACCAUCCUCGCCAACUCCCACCCCCUCCCCGCCGACCAGUUCACGGUCAAGGUCGAAGGGCCGAGAUUCGACAAGCACCCCUCAUCGAUCGAGCUGGGGAACCUGCUGGAUGCCUACGAGCGCAUCGGCUUCCAAGCCACCAGCCUGGCCCAGUCCAUCGAGAUCAUCAACAAAAUGCGCGCGUGGAGGCUAUCUGACGACGAGCCGACGGUCCAACGGGGAUCCAACGCGGACGAAUCGGCGCGGAUCUUCCUGGGCUUCACCUCCAACCUGGUCUCCUCCGGCCUCCGGGAGAUCAUCAGCUUCCUCGCCAAACACAACCACGUCUCCGUCAUAGUCACCACGGCGGGCGGGAUCGAGGAAGACCUGAUCAAAUGUCUCAGCCCGACCUAUCUGACGCCCGACAAGACGUUCGGCUCGGUGGACGGCAAGAGCCUGCGCGCGAGGGGCCUCAACCGGAUCGGCAACCUCAUCGUGCCCAACCAGAACUACUGCAGAUUCGAGGACUGGAUCCUGCCGAUCUUCGACCAGAUGAAACUCGAGCAGGAGAACGCCAGCACCAAGUGGUCUCCCUCCACCGUCGUCGAACGCUUGGGUCAUGAGAUCAAUCACCCCGACUCAUUCCUUUACUGGGCCGCCAAAAACAACAUCCCCGUCUUCUGUCCCGCCCUAACCGAUGGUUCUUUAGGAGACAUGUUGUGCUUCCACUCUAUCAAGACCGACCCGAACCCCUUGGUGAUCGACAUCGUGGCUGACAUCCGGAGGAUAAACGAGCUCGGCCGGUCGGCCAAGAAGGCCGGGAUGGUCAUCCUUGGCGGCGGGGUCUGUAAACACCAGAUCGCCAACGCCAUGCUAUACAGAAACGGGGCAGAAUAUUCGGUUUAUGUUAAUACGGGGCAAGAGUUCGAUGGUUCCGAUAGUGGGGCUAGGCCGGACGAAGCGGUCAGCUGGGGGAAGAUCAAAGGCGAUUCUGAAAGCGUCAAAGUUUUCGCAGAUGCCACUCUCGUCUUCCCUCUGAUCGUUGCAGCCACUUGGGCCAAAGACCAUUGGAAAUCCGAGACCGAGGCCGAAGCCAACCCACCACCAAAAUAG